AUGGACACACAAAGGUUAGAGGAGGCAGCUGUGAAGAUCCAGGCAUGGUGGCGGGGCCGCGCCGUGCGCCAGACGCUGCUGCACGAGGCGCUCAGGGCCUGGGCCAUUCAGUGCUGGUGGCGGCAGGUGCAGGCCAAGAUGCUGGAGCAGCGGCGGCGCCUGGCCCUGAGGCUCUACACCUGCCAGGAGUGGGCGGUGGUGAAGGUGCAGGCCCAGGUGCGCAUGUGGCAGGCCCGCCGGCGCUUUCUGCAGGCUCGCCAGGCGGCCUGUGUCAUCCAGUCCCACUGGCGCUGGCGUGCCAGCCAGACCCGAGGCCUGAUCCAGGGCUGCUAUGAGGUCAGGGCCAGGCGGCUGGAGCUGGACAUCGAAAUCCUCAUGGCCUAG